AUGGCGCCUUUGUUCGCCAAUCAGAGCUGCGAUCCCUUUCAGCCGCGAGAUGCUCCAUGUGAGCCGGGAAACUAUGUGGUGUACACCGUUGAUGCUUCAGGGCCGGAAGAUAUCAUCGCUGCGCUGCGAUUUGCCGAAGAAAAGAACGUUAGGUUCGUAAUCAGGAACACCGGACACGACUACCACGGCCGAUCAACCGGAGCUGGUGCUUUAUCUGUUUGGAUACAUCACCUUAAAGACAUGGAGAUUAUCGAUUGGCACGAUGAUCAGUAUGUCGGCAAGGCCUUGAAGCUAGGCGCUGGGGUCCAAGGGUUUGAGGCGAUUGAAGUCGCCCGUCGCGAGGGUCUCACGGUUGUAACCGGAGAAUGUCCCACGGUUGGUCUCGCGGGCGCAUACACCCAGGGCGGAGGACACUCUGCCUUGAGCUCGAUCUUUGGUCUAGCGGCGGACAAUGCGCUGUCUUUCGACGUGGUAACACCCUCGGGAGAAUUGGUAACCGCUUCGAGCUCCGAAAACCAAGACCUGUACUGGGCACUGAGUGGUGGUGGCGGCGGCGUUUUUGGCGUCGUGGUAUCCAUGGUUGUCCGAGCUCACCCUGACGCCAAGGUCGGCGGCGCUCGUUUUGCAGUGGCUAUUCCGUCGAAUCAAUCGGAGCUUCUGUACGAUGUCGUAGACGCCUUCCAUGCUGCGCUGCCCGACAUUGUCGACGCGGGUGUCAUGGUCAUUUACUUCUUCGGCCCAGGUUUCUUCCAGGUUGCAGCCCUCACUGCGUACGACAAGAAAAGGGAGGAGACCGAGCAAAUUCUGGCGCCGUUCAGCACCUCUCUCGCUGGGCUCGGUAUCGAACUCGAAGUGGCGUACACUGAGUUCAGCAGCUACGCCGACCAUUACGACCACUACUGGGGCCCGCUACCCUCGGGCAACAUUCAAGUAGGGACAGACCUCUUCGGCGGUCGACUGCUGCCUCGAAAAGUUCUGCCAGACUUCGCGCCUACGACCAGAAAGCUCGUAGAGCUCGGUGUUGUCUUCAUUGGCGUUGGUUUGAACGUUUCGCCAUUUGGGAAGGACAACAUCAACGCCGUCUUGCCCCAGUGGCGGGACUCCAUCGUGCAGGUCUCCCUGACUCUCCCUUGGGAUUUCGGGGCUCCCUUUGAAGAGAUGGUUGCACUUCAGGAUCGCAUCACGAACGAGGUGCAGCCUGUCAUUGAGGCUGCCACACCCGGAGCCGGGGCCUACAUGAAUAAGGCAAACUUUCAACAGCCCGACUGA